GAUAAGUACAUGGGUGAAUGAGGACCUACCUAAGGAGAAGGAAUUAUUGAAUAAGACUAGAAUUGAAGGGAAAGGAUGAAUCAGAUUGAUUAGCUGCUUGACAAAAAAAGGCAAACCACUCUUCCUGUCAGAAAUGUAUGGCACAUCUGCAUAUUUCAAGGGCUGCCACUUACUGCAACUGGGAGGGAGAUCUCAGAACCGACACCUCAACUACGGAAGCUUUAAUCUAUUGACAGCAAAUGUAACAUAGCAAGUAAUAUAAGACAGAAUGUGAUCAGUGCAAAAUCGAAUAAUAAACUCUUGAGAGGGGGUUAUUAGAAUAAUAGACGAGUGUGUAGAUUGAGUAGUGAGCAAUGAGAUAAGUCCUUUGACUUGGGGGUACAGGGGAAUUAUGACCAGGGGUAUGGGAUAGGGAGAAGGUCAUUCUGGAAGGCAAUAAAAGGCAGACAGGACGCUAGUGGUAGAAAAAAAGGAAAACACUUGUUUAUCAAUGUCAAUCAAUGGCGGAAGAAUUACAUAUGACAUAUGCUAUUGAGGAAUACCUUUCAACCGUUCAAAUGACAAAAGGAGUGUCAGAACAAUAUAUAUUCCAUUUUUGUUGAAAAAAAUUGUUUAUAUAGAUAUAAUUUGUGGGGUAUUUGUACAGGAAAAGGAUGCACUCCAAACUUAACAGUGAUUACCCCAUAUUGAAAAUUGUGAAACUUUUACCCUACUUGCAAGCUAACAAUUUAACUUGCCACAGUUUUAUGGAUACUAACAGAAGACACUGGACUCCUGCGUCAGAGACAGAAGACUUUAUUACUUAAUAACACAGGCAUCAUAAGCUUUAUAUUCCCUUGUUCCCAAAGCUUAUGUUCCCAAAGCCCACAGAGGGGCCUAAGCUUGGCAUUCCCCUGCUAGGAUGGAACAGUGGGUUUGCAACCUAGCAGAGGAAUGCCAAGCUUAGGAAGCCCAACCUUUGCUCAGCCUUGCCCCAGAAUGAGCCAUUAUCUUUAUUAUCCUGGUCAGGAAACAACUGUGCUCUAGAAGGAGAUACAAACAUCCUUGAAAAGCUAACCUCAAAGAAAAAUCUACCAUAAGACUAGGAGUAAUUUGAGAAGCCAUUAAAGAAUUAUCUCCCAACAUUCUAGCCUCCUAUUCACAGCUCCAGCCUCCCCACGUCCGAUAUCUACCCCCAGGGGACCGUUACUAUUGACAGCGAGCGCGCGGAGCUGCACGGGCACACAAGGCGGAGGGGACACCAAGGUCCGUUAUUCCCCAGCACGUUCACUGCCCCAGCGACAGCGCAAGCCUGAGGCACGCAGACGCGGGAGGAACCCGAGGCACAGCACACAGCAGAAGUACCCUUAGAAAGAGGCCCUCAGAAGAGUCUUCUCUUAAGAAGAUAAAGAAGGUAGUGGAAACGAACUUCCUGAGCUUUUCAGGCUCUAAUGGCUGAAGAAUCAAGAAAGCCUUCAGCCCCAUCCCCACCAGACCAGACUCCUGAAGAGGAUCUUGUAAUCGUCAAGGUAGAGGAGGAUCAUGGUUGGGACCAGGAAUCUAGUCUGCAUGAAAAUAACCCUCUUGGCCAAGAAGUGUUCCGCCUGCGCUUCAGGCAGUUAUGCUACCAGGAGACACUAGGACCCCGAGAAGCUCUGAUCCAACUACGGGCCCUUUGCCAUCAGUGGCUGAGGCCAGAUUUGAACACCAAGGAACAGAUCCUGGAGCUGCUGGUGCUGGAGCAGUUCUUGACCAUCCUACCUGAGGAGCUCCAGACACUGGUUAAGGAACAUCAGCUAGAGAACGGAGAGGAGGUGGUGACCCUAUUAGAGGAUUUGGAAAGGCAGAUUGAUAUACUAGGACGACCAGUCUCAGCUCGCGUACAUGGACAUAGGGUACUCUGGGAGGAGGUAGUACAUUCAGCAUCUGCACCAGAGCCUCCAAAUACUCAGCUCCAAUCUGAGGCAACCCAACAUAAAUCUCCAGUGCCCCAAGAGUCACAAGAGAGAGCCAUGUCUACUUCCCAGAGUCCUACUCGUUCCCAGAAAGGAAGUUCUGGAGACCAGGAAAUGACAGCUACACUUCUCACAGCAGGGUUCCAGACUUUGGAGAAGAUUGAAGACAUGGCUGUGUCCCUUAUUCGAGAGGAGUGGCUUCUUGAUCCAUCACAGAAGGAUCUGAGUAGAGAUAACAGGCCAGAAGAUUUCAGAAACGUGUUCUCCCUGGGUGGUGAGACCAGGAGUGAGAACAGGGAAUUAGCUUCAAAACAGGUAAUAUCUACUGGAAUCCAUCCACAUGGAGAGACAGCUGCCAAAUGCAACGGGGAUGUUAUCAGGGGUCUUGAGCAUGAAGAAGCCCGAGACCUUCUGGGCAGAUUAGAGAGGCAGCGGGGAAAUCCCACACAAGAGAGACGACAUAAAUGUGAUGAGUGUGGGAAAAGCUUUGCUCAGAGCUCAGGCCUUGUUCGCCACUGGAGAAUCCACACUGGGGAGAAACCCUAUCAGUGUAAUGUGUGUGGUAAAGCCUUCAGUUACAGGUCAGCCCUUCUUUCACAUCAGGAUAUCCACAACAAAGUAAAACGCUAUCACUGUAAGGAGUGUGGCAAAGCCUUCAGUCAGAACACAGGCCUGAUUCUGCACCAGAGAAUCCACACUGGGGAGAAGCCAUAUCAGUGCAAUCAGUGUGGGAAGGCUUUCAGUCAGAGUGCGGGCCUUAUUCUGCACCAGAGAAUCCACAGUGGAGAGAGACCCUAUGAAUGUAAUGAGUGUGGGAAAGCUUUCAGUCAUAGCUCACACCUCAUUGGACAUCAGAGAAUCCACACUGGGGAGAAGCCCUAUGAGUGUGAUGAGUGUGGGAAAACCUUCAGGCGGAGCUCACAUCUUAUUGGUCAUCAGAGGAGCCACACUGGGGAGAAACCCUACAAAUGCAAUGAGUGUGGGAGGGCCUUCAGUCAGAAGUCAGGCCUUAUUGAACAUCAGAGAAUCCACACUGGAGAAAGACCCUAUAAAUGUAAAGAAUGUGGGAAAGCUUUCAAUGGGAACACUGGUCUCAUUCAACACCUGAGAAUUCACACAGGGGAGAAGCCCUACCAAUGUAAUGAGUGUGGGAAAGCCUUUAUUCAGAGGUCAAGUCUCAUUCGACAUCAGAGAAUCCACAGUGGUGAAAAAUCUGAAUCCAUAAGCGUUUAGGAACAACAUCAGUUACAGUUUGAGCAUUAUUCAGCAUUAGGGAAACCACACAUUGGUGAGAGGUCUUUCAGUGUACUAAAAGGCAGAAAGGUCAUCGCAACUUUAGUGUCAGAAUCUAUAGUGGUGGCAAAGUUAUGAUAGCUCUUUAGUAAUUUGGGCCCAGUGCCUUGGUGAAGGUUGAUUAGCUUGACUGUCUUUGAAAGUAUCUGAUGGAGCUCCUGAUGACCUAAUGUAUCCUUUAGAAAUUUAAAAUAGCAUUAGAGCAAGUUGCUUGUCAUGGCUUGAAGAGCUUAACUUUGUCUUUUGGAUGAGUAGCUAUAGGUUUGAGAGAGGCUGGCUACUCCUAGUUCCUGUGCUUCUUCCCAUCUCCUGUGAUCCCCCUCUCCCAUUUAUUCCCUUGAAGGUGCCCUUGUAUUCCUAAUCUGAUCUAAGAAGUUGCUGUAGAGUCAGAAGUAGCUUCUGUGUGAAACUUAUAUUUGUAUGUAGCUUUCUAGGAAAAUUUUACAGACACUUAAAGUAUUUAUGCUUAAGUGUGCAUUUUUUUAUUCUAAUAGUCCUUCUAGUCAAUGGAAAUUUGUAUUCCCAUACAAACUCAGAAUGCUAUAUUUGUAACAGCACUCCAGCAUUUUUCUUCAUGUAUCACCUUCACUGACUCCAUUGAGUCGUUGAGCAUCUGUACAUAUCCUUCACCACCCCCAGUCCCAGCACCUGUGUCAGUAAAGAAAGUGGACACAUUAGUAAUGGUUAUGGGAGUAAUACAGAGAAAGAGGUGAGUGGAGACUCAGCCCAGCUGCUCUUGAGCUUGGAUAGUUAUACAUUUUGGUGACUUCUGACUCUCCUUCCACCUCCCCACUGUACACUGUGGUACAAAUAGUUUGCACUAUCCUAGUCAUGGCAUCAGGUAGGAGAAGGAGACGAAGAUGCUUUAGGAAGAUAAAAACCUUACAAAGAAUGUAUACUCAUCUUUUUUGGCCCAUUACAAUACUGCUUUCUCAGGUUCUUAACAGCCUGUGCAAACUCCCUGACUAGAUGGUCUGUCACUCCUAUCAUUACCUUGCACCCAUCUCUUUAGAUGGCCUCAGCACCUCACUCGUUAUUCUCCAUCUGUUUCUUGCCAUUAGUUUAUAUGACUUUAAUAUCCACAGUGGUAAUCUAAUACCUUACCUCACAGGUUUUCAUUCUUUUGAACUCUGGUGCACUCCACUGUAAUCCAUGUCUGUAAUCUACCAACAAAGAUGUACUCUUAAACUCAGUAUCACCAGGCACUAUAUUUCAUCUUUGAGGCUUUUGUUAUACCAAGGAAUACUAUAUAAAGUAAUGAGACUGGUUUAAAGUAACAUGCCAGAACUUACGCAUCCAAUGUGGGUUGUCACUUGUUAUUCCCAAGUACUAUUAUUCCAUACUACUAUAUUCUUCCAAAUAUUUGGAACACUCUUAGAAUUCCCAUUUAAUAAACCAUAUGAGAAAGCCCUCUAUUACUCUUACACUUUAGUUUUACCAUUUGAGUAGCCACUUAUUCACCAGAGUUGGAAUUGAGAAAUUUUGGGCUUUCCAAAAUUAACCUUUAAACUUAAAAAUUGAUUACAUUGAGCCUAUUCAGAAAAAAAAAUUAUAUAGGUUCUGAUGAAAGCUUCAUAAUUUCACCCUGUGACUAUCCUGAAAAGAAAUAAUUAUCAUUUUAUGAUUGAUGGGUCAAAAAAAGCAAUCAAAGUCUUACGUCAUAGAGGACCACCUUUUGGAUCAUAAAUUCUUUCCCUAUAACAUUCCUUCUCUGCCUCUCUAUGGCCCACUUUGACCACUAACAACAUCAGAAUUAUCUACAUCAAUUUCAUUGAGCCAUUGGUGAAUGAAGACACCCAUCACUUGUCAUGUUGGUUUCCAACAGUCCUUUCGAUUAUCCUUUAUUUUCUUAUCCUCCCUUCUCUUGUUUCUUUUAUUUAUAAGUUACCAUUCCUAGUUUCUUUGUACUUGAAAUUUUAAGAAACCAGAAACAAGUAAAUCUCGUUGUAUCUAGAUCUUUGCUCUGUGUUUCAGUUGUGCCUUACCCUCUGUAAGAUACUGAUUCUUCCUGGGGCCAGUAUUACCUUGUAUGCAAAUAUUACAUAUGAUGGGUGCAUUGUCAGAGGGAAAAUACAUGUGUAUGUACACAUGUGUAUGUACACACACACACACACCUGCCAUACACUUUAGAAGAACGCUUCUCUUCUAUUCCAAUAAAAAGUCCUUUUAGCAAUGCAACAUAUUAACAAAAUUGGGUGCAUUCAGGGUGGUAUGGCCAUAGACCAGAGCAACACAUUGAAAUGUAUACAGAUGUACUAGCUAAAGUCUCUUUAUGUGUCAGUAUUAAGAGUAAUAUGUAGCCAGAUUACUUAAAUCUCAGAAUUACUAAGCAUGUGGCAUAAAUUUGGAGAAAAUAAUAUGACUAGAAAAAUUAGUGUUAUAUUGGGUGUGAGAAAAGACUGUGUCUUGAAAGAAUUAUCAAAGCUGAUACAGCACAUAUACAGAAUUAGCCAAAUGGUAUAAGACAAUAGAAAAAGGCUGUGGAUUCUUUGAGGACAUCACUAGAAAUCAUUCUUUGUCUCAAGUUCACACUCUUAGCAUAGAAUAUUAUUGACUAGGCUGUAUGACAUUUUGAGCUCUUAACUGUGAAUGGCAUUCAUUAAGCUCCUUUAUCCUAUAGAUUCUAUCUUUAUGUUCAUCUGAAAUGAACUAUUCAUCAGUACUUUCUCCUCCCAUCCUAAGCUUCUCAUUUUAGGAACUGACAUGAUAAGGUGGUUCUUUCAUAACUCUAAUGCCAUCCAACAUAGCCCUGGGAGAGGCAUGUUAGGUUUCAGAGAUUUUCUCCAUGGAGCAAGGUGCAGUGCUAGAAUAUGGUGGUUGAUUCCCAAACAGAGCAGUUAACUUUACUCUUGGUUCUGAGUCUCCAAAUAAUAAUAGCCGACGUUUAUUGAGCACUUACUAUGUGCCCAACCCUGUUAUGCCUUUCUCAGGCUCAUGAUAAAUGUAUUAGUCUGUUCUCAUGCUGCUAUUAAAGACAUACCUGACACUGGGUAAUUUAUAAAGGAAAGAGGUUUAAUGGACUCAGUUCCACAUGGCUGGGGACGCCUCACAAUCAUGGUGGAAGGCAAGGAGGAGCAAAUCAUGUCUUAUACAUGGAUGGCAGCAGGCAAAGAGAGAACUUGUGCAGGGGAACUCUUUAUAAAACUGUCCGAUCUUGUGAGACUUAUUCACUAUCACAAGAACAGCACAGGAAAGUUCUGCCCCCGUGAUUCAAUUACCUCCCACUUGGUCCCACCCACGACACGUGGGAAUUGUGGGAGCUACAAUUCAAGAUGAGAUUUGGAUGGGACACAGCCAAACCGUAUCAAUAGGUAUUAUUUUAUCCCCCAUUUUAUAAAUGAGGAAACGGAGGCUUAGUUGAGUGAGCUGACCAAUAAUCACCCAGCCAGUAUGUGAUCAAACUGAUUCUGACCCACACAGUUUGAUUCUAGAGCCUGUUCUGACUACUGUGCUAAGGUGUGUAUAAUGAACAUGGUAAUUCUAACCAGCUUUUUAAAAAUAUGUAGCGCUUGUCAUGAGAGGUACUGGGGAAAAGAAUGUGCAGUAGAGUGCAAAUACAUUACAAUUACUGGAAAAUUGGUGGAAAAUGCCUUUUGGGGUUACAAUUAUAUCAUUUUUAAGUGUUGAUGCUUUGUAGUACUACAAAGCUAAAUUGUGCAAAUAAAACAUAUUUAACAGAGUAAUUGGGAGGAUAAAGCAAUAAUAAAUUCAAAUAUAUUUUUCUCCAAACUGCCAAAGGGAAAGUAGAAUUGUGGAGGGAAAUGAAAUAUCCAUGUACCAGGCCAGGCAGAUGGUCAGUUAGGAUGACAAUAGUAAGUUCAUCUACAGCAUAAAAUGUGAAAUGCUUUCAACCUCAUUGCCCAUUUCCAACUACCAUUCUGUUUCUCCUCUAUUGUUCAUGGUUUUUCAAACAUAUCUUUGAUUUUUCAACCCCCCUUUUUCAUUAAUCUGUUCUUAAAACUUCUUUUUACUGGCUUUCAUACUUAGCAUCCAGUGAAAUGUUCUUAGACUCACCAGUGGACAAAUAAUAAGGCCUUUAUUAUUAUUUCUUGUCCUUUUUGAUCUAAUUUAUAUUUUAUAUUGUUGAAUUCUCCCUCCUUUGGCUUGUGGGAUCCUUUUUCUCUAAUAUCUGUCUUUCUUUUUUUAGUUGAUCUUUCCACCCACUCCCCUUUCUCCUCUUCUCCACUGAGAAUAAUCUCCCUGUCUUUUAUUCACUUCAUUUUCUAUACUCCUAUUUAUCCAUUUUGAUUGUUUAUACCUACUAUUUGUAUUCGAAUGACUUCAUUUUUCCCACCCUGUGGGUCAGUUUGUGACUUUUGGAAUUUUCCACAGGUACCUGUACAACUUGAUAUUUGAAAACAGGAUUCAUCACCAUAUAUCCCCAGCCCCCGUUUUCUUUUUAAACAGGCCUCAUUGCGUAAUUCCUUUGCCCUGAAAAGUGUCACCACCUUUAUAUUUUUACCCCAGCCUUGGAGUUAUCUUUUUCUGCUCUCCAUUCUCCAUGUCCAAAAACUUGCUGUCAGUCCAGUUUUUAAUCAGUUUUCUCCUUGAGGCUUGAUCUCCCAUUUCUCUCAUCCCAUUAUAGCUUUUCAUGUAGAUCUGAGGCCCAGGUUACUGUAAUUCUUUAUUUUCCAAUUUCCUUGCUCCCAGGAUCCCCAUCUUGUAUAAAGUUUCCAAGGUGCUCCUCCUCAAACUCCAUUUUUACAAUAUCCGUAUUGUAAAAUUUUCAUUUUCAGUAACACCCAGUAGAUAAUUUUUCAAAGACGAUCCUCCUCAAACACCCAUUUUUACAAUAUCUCUAUUGUAAAAUUUCAUUUUCACAAUAUCUCUAUUGUAAAAUUUCAUUUUCACUAAGUAACACCCAGUAGAUAAUUCCUAUGGAGCAGUGGUGUUCCAAAUUCUCCAUUACCUCUAUGCCUAAUAUUCAUCAGCCUUCAUUACUCUCUAGCAUAUUCACCUUGAUUCAACAGAUUCAAACUUCCUACAGCCUUCUACUGAUGUCUUACAAGCUCUUGCCUCUGUGCCUUUCUCAUGCUAUUCUUUUUGCUUAGAUUGCUCUUUGGUCCCAGCUCAUGUUCAUCACUCCCUUCAAAGCCUUUCUUCCUUUAUAUCUUCUGACUGAGCUCUCCCUGAUUGACAUCACCUCAUGCGAUGACCUCCCUCAUUCUGUGCUGCCUCAGCACUUAUCUUUUGAGUUUGUACUGUGGUCCAUGUACUUACUAAUAUGUUGCUUUGUAAUUAUUUUUCUAGCACUCUGUGUUACAGUUUCAUAUUUGUAUUUAUUUCCAAAAUUAAAUUGUAAGCUCCUUGAGGGCAGGAAUAAUAACUUUUACAUUUGUAUCUCUGCACCCCCGAGUGCCUAGUAUAGUGCUGAGCACAUAGUAGGCAUUUAAUAAAUGCUUGUUGAAGUA